GAUUCAGAAAAAAAAAACGCAGAAAAUAGUCGAAAAUGUGUAUACAAAAAGUCUAACUAAGCGUUUUCAUGAGUGAUAAGGGCCAAGAGUUCAGUGCGAGACGUUCGAGCGGCCAGUGAGAGGCCAGGUUUAGUCGUUCCCAUCCCGGAAUGGGUCGUGCAUCGUAGUUUUUCCUGCAUCUGCUGGCGGAGACUCGCCUUCCCCUCCGCUGUAAAAGUUUUAGCCAAUCGCGGAUAGUUGGGCCCAACACGCAGCCCGUUGGAACAGUGCCAAGGAGCAGUCAUGACACUGGAGACGCAGCCCGUUGGCGGGGUGAGCGACGGCAAGAUCGCCGGGCUCUACGAUCUGGAGGAGACCCUGGGAUCCGGACACUUUGCCGUGGUCAAGUUGGCCCGACAUGUGUUCACCGGGGCCAAGGUGGCGGUCAAGGUGGUGGACAAGACCAAGUUGGACGAGGUGUCCAAGGCGCAUCUGUUCCAGGAAGUGCGGUGCAUGAAGCUGGUGCAGCAUCCGAAUGUCGUGCGACUGUACGAGGUUAUCGACACCCAGACAAAGCUGUACUUGGUCUUGGAGCUGGGCGACGGCGGGGAUCUGUACGAUUACAUAAUGAAGCACGACUCCGGGCUCAGCGAGGAACUGGCCCGCAAAUAUUUCCGCCAAAUCCUACGUGCUAUCACGUACUGUCAUCAGCUGCACGUGGUUCACAGGGACCUGAAGCCGGAGAAUGUGGUGUUUUUCGAAAAGCUGGGCCUGGUUAAGCUCACUGAUUUUGGGUUCAGCAACAAGUUCUUGCCUGGGCAGAAGCUGGAGACAUUCUGCGGAAGCUUGGCCUAUUCGGCUCCGGAGAUACUGCUUGGGGACUCAUACGAUGCGCCUGCAGUCGACAUUUGGUCCCUGGGAGUCAUUCUGUACAUGCUGGUCUGCGGUCAGGCGCCUUUUGAAAAGGCCAACGACUCGGAAACUCUGACCAUGAUCAUGGACUGCAAGUACACGGUGCCCUCACAUGUGUCCACCGAUUGUCGGAACCUAAUUGCUUCGAUGCUGGUGCGGGAUCCCAAGAAGCGAGCGACCGUCGAGGAGAUUGCCUCCUCCGCCUGGCUAAAGCCAAUCGACGAGCCCGAUUCCACCACCUCCGCCACGGAGCAUUUUCUGCCUUUGGUCAGCCGCGAGCAGCUGGGCGAAGAGGAUCACGCCUUUAUCAUACAGAAAAUGAUAAACGGAAAUAUUGCGUCCAAGGAAGAGAUAUUGCAAGCUCUCGACAAGAACAAGUACAAUCACAUAACAGCCACAUAUUUUUUGCUGGCGGAAUUACGUCUGCGACGGCGGCGUGAAGAGCAGGCCCAAAAGCAGAGACUUCUCAACAAUGAUCCCAGCAUAAAAGUGGGAGACGUGAGUCGCAAGCCCGUGCCUGAGAAACCAAGUCCUACAGAAGCCCCCAAAGGAGGGGUACCCAUCAGCAUUAACGUGACUCCAGCCACGCAGUUCGCUAACGACGAUGGCAAGCCGGACAAGCGCACUCGCAAGUGCAGCAUUGUGCGUGAGGAGGACGAGGAGGAGUCUGCCACAGAAUGCUCGGGCAUAGGCAAUGAAUUAAAGGUCACGUCAACGCGGCGCGAGGCAACCUCUGAUGGCGUCUUUAGUAGGUCAGUGCAUGAGCGUUCCAGCUCUGAGCCCGGAAAUCAAACACGAGGUGAGCUGAGUGCCAAUAGCGGAAUGCCAAGCCAUUCGCGAACAAAGAUUGUCGUCUCGGUGGAUGCGACGCUGGCCCAAAAGCUCAAGCAGAUGGAGAAGGGUGCCAAGAUGGACGAGGACACGCUAAGUGGUCUCAAGGAGCUGGAGAUUGGCAAGCUAAAGCCGCUCCCUAGCAAUAGCAAGAAUCCGGUGCUUACGCAUCGUCGCACAAAGCUGAACAAGAUUCGGACGCCAUCUUGUAGCAGCUCGGAGGCUUCCGACGAUGACACCAAGACACGCAACAAGAAGAAAAUCAACAAGUUCGUGGGCGACACGCCAGUGCGAUUUCGCAUGCAUCGGCGGGACUCGCACGACGACUCCAGCGACUCGCAGGAUCAGCUAUAUCCGCCACCCGGCUCUGCCAGCGGUGCGGCCAAUUUUAUCUCGAAGAGCGGAUCCGUAAGUGGCAAAAAAGAAGGACAAUCGCAGUAUAAAGAGCCAAAUAAUAAAUCCGAUGAAAAUCGCAAAUCUCACACACAAAAAAACCGAAAACAGCACAAGGAUCAUGUUGACAAGCAUUCCCACGCUGAGAAGCAGCAGGACACAUCAGGACACUCCUCGAACAGAAGAAGGCGCAUUCGCGAGAGCCAAUCGCUGGAUCGCAUCACAGAGGCUCAGGAGUACGAGAUGCGACACCGCUGCUACGCAGAGAGCGAGGCGGCAUCCUCGUCGUCCUCGUCCACCCAACAUAUCGACCAGAGGUAUUCCCUACACAGCCUAAACACUAGCACAUUCUCCGUUGCCGAAACCAAGGAAGAGUACGACGAGGAGGCAGACGCCGCCGAUGCCACGGACCAAAUCAUGAAUACUUUGAAUGCAGCCAAAGCUACGCUUCAACAAGAGCAAUAUUUUAAUAACAAUACCAAUCUUAGUAGGAACUUCAAUCACAACCACACCAACAACAACAACAAUCACACCCAGAACAUCAUCCACAUCAGCAGCCAGAAAGGCAACAGCAAGAAGUCCAACGAAACACCAAAAGAUAUUUAUAAUCUAAACUCAAUCGAGCAGAUCGACUUGAUUUUGGAGGAUAAAAGCCUUACCAAAGCAAUACACGUUACCGGCUCUAAAUGCUUUGUCACCAUGAAGAAAAUCCGACGGCUGGGAAAAUACUUUCCCGUGAUGAAUUUCUCUUAAUAGACACAGUUACUUCAUUGCAAAGUGCAUUCUAAAUAUUAAAGAAAAAACUCGGUUAAGCGAACUACGUAGAAAAUAUGCAUGUAUUAAUUAAAACGUAUAAACGUCAACGUUAUCCCCCGUAUAUAGGAAAGCGCGCGAGAAUAUUUAAAUUUAGUGGUAGCGUAAUUGUUUUGUCUGUCGUCGUCAUUACGCUUAAAUUAUUCUAAAUAUAUUAAUUUAUGUAUA